AUGGAUCAUAGCACAGAUUCCACGAUGGAUCAUACGAUGAAAAAGCAAGAUUUCCUCAUCAUCGCCGAUGCAACAGGGUCUAUGAGCUGCUAUCUACGCUCACUGAUCACCUCUCUUCCUCAAGUUAUCUCCAUCUCCACUCUGACGGGCUGUUUUUCUCGUAUCGGAGUCCUCGCAUACCGCGAUUAUUGCGACAAACCUCUUCUCAAGUGGUCAGGCUGGCUGGACCAGGAUCAGGACCAAGACGAAGUCGCCCUAUCACAACAACCUGAUCUGAUCGAGUUUGCCAAAAAGCUCAUGGCAGCCGGAGGGGGAGACUACCCGGAAGCCGUCAAGACAGCUCUUGCAAGAGCCUACGAGCUCAUGCGCGAGGACGCAGAAACCCUUAUCUUUCUCUACACGGAUGCACCUCCUCAUCCCGCCGAUAACCUUUUGGGAAUGAAGAACGCAGCUUCAGAAAAGGAAGCCUUGUCUAAUCCAACGUCAUAUUCAAGUCUUGGGCCCUCCUUUCUUGAUUGGAUUUCGGUGACUGAUACGUUCCGACACGGAGCCAAGAAGGCGCAGUUCUUCGCGAUUCUUGAUCCCUAUAUGGCCCCCGGUGAUGCUGCCUGGUAUAACUACUUGGCCACGAGAACCAAUGGAAGUUGUUUCAAUAUCAAGAGCUACCUUCCCGGUAAUAUCGCCAAGUUGACUGUUCAUCUUCUCUUGGCUUGGAUGGGAGUUACAAAGACCCUUACUUCUGCCAGUGAGAAUGAGCCCGAAGUUCUUCCCGGAGAAUUGUCUCGAUAUGCCUCAUUGGAAGGCAUUGACAGCAUUCAGAAUGAGAAAGAUCAACAUACAAUGACAUUCUUCUCGAAUGAUCUCAAAAAGAAUUCGCCUUGCAAGGAGAACAUCACCAAAACCAUGCUCCUUCCCAACAUCAUCGACGAGCAUGUUGCCAAGAAGGCUACGCCUGUGCAAGACUUUGCAAAACGCUACAUGAUAGACCCCGACUACAAGGUCUUUGUCGUCAAAUAUCUAGAGAAGAUCAUCGAGGACCACAUCGAAGCAUUGACACUCAACCCUGUAUUGGGAACUCUGUGGCGCGCAGUUUGCAGUGACCGAGCCUACCCUCGCCGCGACGAGAUCCUACAAGCAUUCAACCACCGCUUGGAAAAGAUGAAGGAGCCAGAUCAGCGUGCAAACAUGAAAACCUGGCUCGAAGAGUCAUACGACUUUGCCGGAGAUAUCGUGGCUACCAUCAACAGGGUCCCGGAUUCAGAGAAGUAUCCUUGCGUCUUUCUUGAUCCCACUCUGGACUUCUCCGGUACACCAAACGAGUCAGCACAAUCCACCCAGCCUCUUUCUGACAUGACUCGCGCCGACCUUCUCGAAAUCGGCCGAUCUUGUGACCGUUCCAUUCUUCGAAAACUGGGUACCAUCUUGUCCAGACUGACUAUUGUGGAGAAAGAAAGCGAUAUGCCAACGCAUAUCUCUGGGACUACCACUGAGAGCGUUACUAAAAUACCCUUGGCUCUGACAUCAGAAAAAUACCAAAAGCAAUUCUGGAGAAUACUUUUCCACGUCAUCAAGCCAGGAACAAAGCUGGGUCCUCGUCCCGGUGCUCUUGUUGCUGCACUUUGUUUACAGGUUGGAAUCAUACCACUGGAGAAAGCCGCAGAGCAAGAAAUGCUUGCAUUCAAAGACAAGUGGAAUGACCUCUCAACUCCUGAAAACUGGAGCAUUGGAUGUCUUUCUCUUCUCCUUGACGCCGACGAAGCACACAGGAAGCGAAUCCAGAGCCAAGGCAAAGACCAGCCUCGACUUCUUCAUGCUUCUGACAGAACGUUAUUCAAAAGCCUUGUGUCUUUCAAGAUCCUUGAGUGGAACCUCGAAACGCCACUCGAAGUACUAGUUCCAUGGACUCCACAAAAGACAAGUGCGCCAAUUGGACCUUUGGUAACUUGUCAAGGUUGCCAAUAUCCCCGAUCAGUUACUAUCAUGGGUCCCAACAGAAAAUGCGGUCUAUGCCGUGUUUCAGAGUCAGAUUACGAAAAUGAAGAGACCAAAAAGAAAUAUCUGAACCAAGGCAUUGUUACCGAUAUCUCCGCCAACACAACCUGGGUCGAAUGUUUCUCUCAAUCCUGCAGAGCCCAAUACAUCGUCUAUAACGCCGACGCAUUGGGAGCCCGUCCCAAAUGCCAUUACUGUCGAAGCCAAACAGAAGAGCCUGCCCCCAUCAUCGAGUGUACUCGGUGUAUGAACCGCAUGAUCUGGCCCAAAGAGUACAGAGACUCUUCACUCAUCGAAGCAGAAUUCAUAUGUCCACCUUGUACAUCAGGCUGUGGACCACAUGAAAAGCUAGAGUUGACGGCCAAGGCCAUCAGUACCCAAAAUGACUACUUGUGGCUAGUCAAAGGUCAUACAUUCUCCGACACAUCGAUAUUCGAAAAGAUUUCAAAUAUUGGCACCGAGCCCUUCCUCAAUGAGAUCGAGCUCUUCCCAGUUUCUGACGCACGGCUAUUCUUCAAAGGAAAACAGAUUCGCAACGCAAGUGAUAUAAUCGCCAAGCUCAAAAGCCUUGUCUCGAAUCGAAAGACCAGCCGUACGAAAUGUUCACUGUGUUUCUCGCGUUUCCAGCACGGAACACUUGCAAAGGCCUGUGGUCGUCAAGGAUGUUUCCAGCGCGUCUGUAAGGAAUGCUUGUCAGGCUGGUAUGGGCUUAAUCGGGCUGGUAGUGUUAUCAACACCGCUGCUUUGGGCUGUCCAUUCUGUCGUCGGUAUCCUGCUCCUCAGACGUUGGCGAAGCAUGGGAUGGGAGUUCAUGCGGUCAGAGAUCUGGCUAAUGCGGUCCGUGAUAAGGGGACGCUAGUCUAUGCUUGGUGUCAGGGGUGCCAUACUGCCAAGGAGUUUAUGGAGAGGAGCUGUGCGCGUGGUGCUCCUCCUGAGCUACGGGGGUGGCGGUGUGGUGAGUGUAUUGAAAAAGCUAGGGUUGUUGAGGUGGGGAUGGAAGAGGAGGAACUAAGGCGGGAGAUUGCUGGCUUGGAUGCUGAGAAACGUUUGUUGGAGAGUGUCAAGCCUUGCCCUAAGUGUGAGACUAUGACUAUGAAGAUCUCUGGUUGUGGACAUAUGAAGUGCUCUGUGGUGGACUGUGGUGUUGACUGGUGUUAUUUCUGUGGAGAUGCCUUUGAUGAUGAUCGAAUCUACGGGCAUAUGAGAGAUGUCCAUGGUGGCAUGUUUGGUGGGGAGGUUGACGUGGAUUAUGAGAUGGAAGAUUGGACUGACGAGGAAUGA